CAUGGACUUCGAUCUCUCGGUCAAAACUGAAAGUGUGGAGGAGACAGUGUUGAUGGAAUACGAUGAAGGGAACAACCAACUCGAAGCCGAGUUUUGUCCCGUUGAGCAUCCGGUUGAACCGGAAGAAGAAGAUCGUCCGGUUAAAUGUCCCGUACCGAUCCCAUCUUCUCUCAUUUACGUAAGUUUGAACUCAACGAAGAAAACCAAACCGGACUGGGUUAAACACAGAGCCAGCUGCGAAACUCCGGUUUAUCCACGUCCACGCCAUGUUCGUAACGUAAGGAAGAGACACAACUCGUUCGACGAAGGAAACAACAGUUUCUUCACGAGAUCUGUGAUAUCGACACCGACUCAAGAGGAAGAAGCCACAUCUCAAAGAUCCAAUGUCACAACAAUCUACCGAGUUCUUCAACCCGUUCACGAGUUCGAACCGUGAAGUAUCCAACACUCUAUUUUUAUAUAUUAAUGUUUGAGUUGUUUUCACGGUGGCGAAUCGUGGAGUUUUUCAUUUCGCCGGCGAUUGAUUUUAGUUACUGUUGGGUUUAACUAGAUUGUCGUUAUGUAGUACCAAAGAUUCGGUAUACGUGUUAUAUUUUUAUUGUUCGCGGAUAACCGGUACGGUUCGCAGCUUAUAUAGACUAUUAUAAUUUAUGGACCGAAUGUUAAAAUUAAGCCUCAACGGACCAACGGUUUU